AUGUACGCUGUCGCUUUGACCGCACGUGCCACACGGCAGCAGCUGCGCUCCACCGCCAUGAAGGCCAGUAUGUCGUCUAGCUGUGGUGUUCCUGUGCCUCUGUCUGUACUGGACCCCAAGGGGAGCCCCACAAUUGAUCAGACCUACGAGAAGAUAGAGAAGAACCUUCAUACGGUUCGCAAAACCACAGGGAACAAGCCCUUGACGCUCGCUGAGAAGAUCAUUUACGGCCACUUGGACGAUCCUACUAUCAAAGCCAAACGCGGCGAGACGUAUCUAAAGCUUCGUCCUGACCGUGUAGCCAUGCAAGAUGCUACAGCUCAGAUGGCUGUGUUGCAGUUCAUUUCAUCAGGUCUGCCCAAGACUGCUGUGCCUACGACGAUCCACUGUGAUCACUUGAUCACGGCUGAAAAGGGCUCGGAUACUGAUCUGGAUAACGCCAAGAUUAUUAACAAGGAAGUGUACGACUUUUUGUCGUCAGCUGGCGCCAAGUUUGGCAUGGGGUUCUGGAAGCCUGGCAGUGGAAUCAUUCACCAGAUUGUUCUGGAAAAUUACGCCUUUCCUGGAGGUCUUAUGAUUGGAACGGACUCGCACACCCCCAAUGCUGGUGGAUUGGGAAUGUGCGCCGUCGGCGUCGGUGGUGCUGAUGCUGUUGAUGUGAUGGCUGGCAUGGCCUGGGAACUAAAGGCCCCUAAAGUCAUUGGUGUGAAACUGACAGGAAAGUUAUCGGGCUGGACGUCCCCGAAGGAUGUAAUUCUUAAGGUAGCUGACAUUUUGACCGUCAAGGGUGGAACCGGUGCCAUUGUGGAGUACUUUGGCCCCGGUGUCGAGUCCAUUUCAUGCACGGGUAUGGGCACAAUCUGUAACAUGGGUGCUGAAAUCGGUGCCACGUGCUCUACAUUCCCUUUCACGGAGCGCAUGGGCGACUACCUGCGCUCCACCAAGCGUAGCGGCAUUGCCUCGGCUGCUCAGUCGUUCCAGGCCAAUUUGCGUGCCGAUGAGGGCGCCCACUAUGACCAGAUCCUUGAGAUUAACCUUGACGAGCUGAAGCCGAUGCUGAACGGUCCGUUCACGCCUGACCUUGGCCACAUUGCUGGUGCCGACAUGAAGGAGGCCAGCGAGAAGAACGGCUGGCCCACAGAGCUGAGCGCCGGUCUGAUCGGAUCAUGCACCAACUCUAGUUACGAAGACAUGACUCGCUGCGCUGACCUGGCGAAGCAGGCUAAAGACGCAGGCCUCGAGUUCAAGGUGCCGUACUACGUGACGCCUGGCUCGGAGCAGGUACGCGCCACCAUUGCCCGCGACGGCAUUCUGGACACAUUCCUCGACUCUGGUGCUACGGUCCUCGCCAACGCUUGCGGCCCAUGUAUUGGCCAGUGGAACCGUACUGACGUGGCUAUGGGUGAGAAGAACUCAAUUUUAACAUCUUACAACCGCAACUUUGCCAAGCGUGCUGACGGUAAUCCCGCCACGCACAGCUUUGUGACGUCCCCCGAGAUGGUGACCGUUGGCUCGAUCGCGGGCACUAUCACGUUUGACCCGUCUCAGGACACGAUCAAGACUCCAGAUGGAAAGGAUUUCAAGUUCACUGCUCCGUUUGGCAAGGAGCUUCCGCCACGUGGAUUCGACCCCGGUGAGGAGACGUUUCAGGCCCCGCCUGCCAGCGGUGAAGGUUUGUCGGUGCACGUUGACCCGCAGAGUGAGCGUCUGGCCCUUUUGUCUGCAUUCGACGAGUGGAACGGCGAGGACCUGGUGGAUAUGCCGGUGCUGAUCAAGGCAAAGGGCAAGUGCACGACUGACCACAUCAGUAUGGCUGGCCCGUGGCUGAAGUACCGUGGGCACUUGGACAACAUCUCAAAUAACAUGUUGAUCGGUGCUGAGAACGCCGAGACCGGCGAGACAAACAGUGUUAAGAAUCAGAUGACGGGCAAAUUCGACAAGGUGCCCGAAGUGGCCCGCCAGUACAAGGCUGACGGUAUUAGCUGGGUCGUGAUCGGUGACGAGAACUACGGUGAGGGCAGCUCACGCGAGCAUGCCGCUUUGGAGCCGCGUCACCUUGGUGGCCGUGCUGUAAUUGUUAAGUCGUUCGCGCGUAUUCACGAGACCAACUUGAAGAAGCAAGGCAUGCUGCCGCUGACGUUUGCGAACCCAGCGGACUACGACAAGAUUACAGGGAACGACAAGGUGGCCAUCCUUGGCCUGAAGACUUUCUCGCCUGGCAAGCCGCUGACGCUACGUGUGACUCCUGCCUCCGGUGAGGCUGCGUUCGACAUUACGGUGAACCACACGUUUAACGAGGAGCAGAUUGAGUGGUUCAAGAAUGGCAGCGCACUGAACGUGAUGAAGAAGAGCAACGCGUAA